UCCAAAGCUGAAGGUCUUGAAAAUAGAAGAAGCUUCUGAGCUUGAGCAAAUAUUUAUAUGCAAACAAGAUAAUAUGGAGAAGAUGGCAAAAAUGGGAGAAGUAUUUCCAAAACUGUCAGAGGUAACACUUGGAAAACUCCCAAAGCUUAUUUCUAUUUGUGAAGGGAUUGAUUUUAAGGAUCUGCAAUGUGAAGUGGAAGAUUGCCCAAAAUAUCAAGAAACUAAUCAAAUCCAAGAAGAGCCUAAAAAUGGGGAUUCAGAAAAUCAAGCAACAGCAAGUGUUUUGCCAAAACUUGUAGAGAUCACAGAGGAAACAUCACUUGAAAUUCAAGUUAAAGACCCUACUCUAGCUUUAGAGAAACAAGCAUUAGGAACUUUAGCAACAAAAUUACAACUGAGAGGGACAUCUUUACAUGAGUUGGAGGAUGACCGCAAAACAGGUGAAUCGACUAUGCAGCUCCAACAAGAGGAUCUUGCAGAAACAAAAACCACUAAAGCUUCUCAGAAAACCAAUGUACCAUUUGAUGAUAAUAGUAUUGAUAUCAUAUCAAAAGAAAGAGCUGAAGGUGGUCCCAACUCAGAGGAUGUAGUGGCAGCAACUAUGGGUGUUACUUCCUCAGUUGUUUCACAUGUCGGACACUUGCAAUUUGGUCCAUCUAAAUUGGUUGCCAGCACGGAAGAAACACAUGAGCAAGGCUCUCAAGAAGAUGAUGCAGCAGAGGAAGUUCCAAUAAUAGUUCAAUCAACUAAUUCAGAUUCAAGGAAGCAAACCAGAGUAUUACCCAUUUCUGCACAAAUUACUCAGAGCAUCAAAGAUACAACAGAACGAGGUCUUGAAAAGAAUUAUGCAGAAGAUGAUGUCGUGACAGCAGUUGGAUCAACUAAUUCAGAUUCAGGGAAGCAGUCUACAGGACCAAUUGAUGACCUCUCUGGAAAACAUUCUGCACUAAGUGCUAAGGAAAAAGAAAAAGGAAUUGAUGAAAAAGCUUCUGCUACAGACACAUCACCAAUGGCAACUCCAUUCAUGAGAGCCCUUACUGUUAAAGAAGCAGGAGAUCACUCAAAUGUUCAAGAGGAAGCAAUCAUUCCCCAAGUCAUUCCUUCUCUCCGUAAUCAAUCACAAAUUGCUUAUGCUGGCACUUCGUCUCCUAAACUGGAAAUUUUUGAAAUUUUCAAACUUGUGGAGUUGAAACAAGAAGAAACAGCUUUACUUGCUGAAGCACUAGAGCGAUAUCCCCAACUAUUGCUGCCUCGUGAACAUCGAACCCAUCGCAUAAUAGUUUGGUCCUACAGGGUACUGGUUGAUAUUCUGGUCAUGCUCACCACCAAGAGUCCUUAUACGAUUACCACAUCAGAAAAAUCAACCUUGGAGGCAAACUUAAGUGAAGCAAUUUUUCUUGGGUUCGACAAAGACUGGGUUGAGUCAGUUCGUGCCAAAGUUUAUGACGUUGACGUGUCCGAUAUCUCAGCAGCAAAAGAGGAGAUUCAAGCCAUGGAGUUCAAGCUUGGAGAAAUUGAUUCUCAGUUGUUGGGUCUCUCUGAAUAUUGCAAGAAACUGAUUCAGAACAUGACCAUGAUCAGAAACAUAGUAAGUGCCAAAGGUAAACCCUUUGGCAUUUAG